AAAACUAACUUGUUGUUCUAAUUGACCCUGAGUUAUUCAUCUUUCUGCUCUGUAGUAAAUGGCGAAAGCAUACACUGAGGGGCAAGAGCAGAUGAAUGAUGGUGCAUUUUGGUGCUGAUGUUCUUUACCUGACUGAUAAUCCAGUAAUCAGAGGUACAUUUGAAAUUUAAGAUGGAAGAAGGGGUUUCAAGAAUUGUCGUUUGGAGUCGCAGAGAAUUCCCAGCCUUUCCGCAAUGGGAGAAAGGACUGAUUGUACAAAGUCACAUAGCUCACUGGCUGAAUACAGCCCCGUCAAUAAAUCAGACAGGACCGAUCAAGGGGACAGCUGUGAAAUGCAUGAUGGAAACCAAAAUACAAUGCAACUGAAGAAAGAAAUAUCAUUGCUAAAUGGGAUAAGCCUUAUAGUAGGCAACAUGAUUGGUUCAGGUAUCUUUGUCUCUCCUAAAGGAGUUCUCCUCUACAGCAAAUCCUAUGGAUUGUCUCUAAUAAUUUGGGCAAUUGGAGGGAUUUUUUCAGUCUUUGGAGCUCUUUGCUAUGCUGAACUUGGAACCACUAUUACCAAGUCAGGAGCCAGCUAUGCUUAUAUCUUGGAGUCUUUUGGGAGCUUCAUUGCUUUUAUUCGUUUGUGGACCUCACUCCUAAUUGUUGAGCCAACUAGUCAGGCGAUCAUUGCCAUCACCUUUGCUAACUACCUCGUUCAACCUUUCUUCCCUUCUUGUGAUCCUCCAUAUUUUGCUUGCCGUCUCAUAGCAGCUGCUUGUGAAUGUCUUCUAACAUUUGUAAAUUGUGCUUAUGUUAAAUGGGGAACACGAGUGCAGGAUGUAUUUACUUAUGCUAAAGUCAUUGCUCUUAUUGUCAUCAUCAUAACUGGACUUGUUAAAAUCUGCCAGGGACAUACAGCACACUUUGAGGCCUCUUUUGAGGGAUCCUCUUUUGACGUUGGAGAUAUUUCCCUCGCGCUCUAUUCUGCCUUGUUCUCUUACUCUGGUUGGGAUACACUCAAUUUUGUAACAGAAGAGAUCAAAAACCCGGAAAGGAAUUUGCCACUCGCUAUUGCAGUGUCUAUGCCAGUUGUGACUGUUAUCUAUAUUAUGACCAAUAUAGCUUAUUAUACAGUGCUGGAUGUUAAUGCUGUUCUUUCUAGUGAUGCUGUGGCAGUGACAUUUGCUGACCGGGUAUUUGGUAUCUUCAGCUGGACAAUUCCCAUUGCUGUAGCCUUCUCUUGUUUUGGUGGACUUAAUGCUUCAAUUCUAGCAUCAUCAAGGCUAUUUUUUGUAGGAUCUCGAGAAGGUCACCUUCCUGAUCUGUUGUCUAUGAUCCACAUAAAGAGGUUCACACCUGUGCCAGCACUGCUCUUCAAUUGUACUAUGACCCUCAUUUACCUGGCUGUAGAAGAUGUUUUUAAGCUUAUUAAUUACUUCAGUUUCAGUUACUGGUUUUUUGUUGGUCUGUCAAUUGCUGGGCAAUUAUAUCUACGUUGGAAGGAACCAGAUCGACCCAGGCCUCUAAAGCUGAGUGUGGCUUUCCCAAUAAUAUUCUGUAUAUGCUCAGUAUUUCUGGUGGUAGUACCACUCUAUAGCGACACGAUAAAUUCAUUGAUUGGAAUUGGCAUUGCUUUGUCUGGAGUUCCAGUCUAUUUCUUGGGAGUCUAUUUACCUGCAUCCAGGAGACCUGCUUUUAUCAACAAGAUUUUAGGUAUAAUCACACGAAACGUGCAGCUGCUCUGUUACUGUGUUCUAACAGAGAUGGACCCAAGUGAAGAAAAGAAGUUAGAAAUCAAAUCCAACUAAAACUGCAAAGCCAUUACAAACAGCAGGAGGGAGGAUAAAGCAAAUAUUACAAUUAAAGGGAAAAAUGGAAAAAGUGGUUCUAGUGGUCUUUCAGAAAUACUGAAAAUGUACUUACCUGCAGUUGGAUUCCUGAACAGAUCAUGCCCAGGUAUCAUCCUCCUAAAGUGUGUUUUCAUUGGACAAUCAUUAGCUACUUAUUUUGCAUGUAAGCAAUAUCUCAGUAUUGUUCAAAAGUGGUAUUAAAAUGGUAAGAGGAGAGCUGGAUUUCUAAAUUAGAGCUGAUGAAUCAAAUUUGUUUUCUGCAGAACUAGACAGUGGAAUAAUGUGUUUUUAAAGUUAAGCCAAAAACCACUUGGAGUCAAAAGACUAAAAGCUACUUUCAGCUCAGUUCUGAUGGAUGUUGCAUGAAACGACCUGCUGUGCUAUCUCGGUUCUUAUUCCAGAAGACAACUGGCAACAACAAAAUUAUUUAGCAGGAAAAAGAACAGCAUUUAUGCUACACUGUUUAAAGACUGAACCACCCUUUCUCCCUUAAAGUUAAGACAUUUCAUUUUGUAUGCUGUACUGAAAUGUGGUAUCUUGCUGUUGCAAGAUAAUCUUUGUUGAUUAAAUCACCUUUCAUGAGAUGCAGAUUCCUUAGCACUGAAGAUUUGAUUUAACACUUGAUGAUUAUGCAUGGAUUCUUCCCUGCUAGCUUGUAAGUACUUGGUCAUCUUCUGACAAGUUUAUAUGAAACUUCCAA